AAUCACUCAUCUCAUCCACGCGUCUUGUUGUUUCUGUUAAAGAUCCGGUACUCAAACCCAAACCCGGAACCUCGGAUCCGGACCCUGAUACUAAACCCCGAAUCUCACGCUUUUGAGAGUGUGUACUCUUUCCCUAGUCGACCCGGUUGGGUUCAUUCAUCUCUCUCUCUCUUCCUCAAGAGCGCCCCUUCUGCGUGAUUUCUGUUUCUUCUUCACGCUCUCUCUAAAAUUCCCCAAUUGCUAUCGGUGACGCUCUCAUGCUUUAAACGCUGCGUUAAACGAAACAAAAUACACCAAAAAAGGUAAUCCCAUGAUUUGGGUUUGGCUCAUAACAAAACAAAAAUCCAAACUUUAAGAAAAAAAUCUCACCUUUGCAACGAUUUUGAUGGUGGUAUGUAGCUGAAGCUGGACCCUUUUCGUUUUGAAAACAGAACGAUUAAUGGAAAUGGAUUUAUCUGGGACGAUGACGAAUCAAGGAUCAAACUUUCGGAAAUUUGAGAUUGAUUCAUCGACAUCAUCAUCAUCCUCUGAUCAUCAGUUUCACUCGAUGAAUGCGCUUGAGAUCUUGAGAGAAACCGUACGAAUCCUCCGGUAUAAUCUCGGUGCUUUCAUGUUAAUCGCACUUCUUUUGAUCUGCCCUGUUUCAGCUAUUCUGUUACCUAACCUUUUAGUUGAUCAAUCCGUUGUUAAUUCACUCACUGUGAGGCUUCUCUUAGUUUCGAAAUCAAGUGGUCUUCCUUUGUUGCCUUUUGUGAGAAACUCUUCUGCUGUGGUUUACUCUGUGGAUUGCACUUACUCUAGGAAAAAAGUUGUCAUGUCCAAGUUUGUGGUGAUAAUGCAGAGACUAUGGAAACGUCUUGUGAUCACUUACUUGUGGAUUUGUACUGUGAUUGUUGUUUGUCUCACUUCCUUCUGUGUGUUUCUUGUCGCGGUGUGUAGCUCGUUUUAUGUUCUUGGAUUCUCUCCUGAUUUCAGUGCUUACGGAGCUAUCUUAGUUGGUUUGGUGUUCUCAGUAGUGUUUGCUAAUGUUAUCAUUAUCUGCAACACUACGAUCGUGAUCUCGAUUCUUGAAGAUGUUUCCGGGCCAGAAGCGUUGCUGAGAGCGAGUGAUCUGAUUAAAGGACAGACUCAGGUUGGUUUGUUGAUAUUUCUAGGAUCGACAAUAGGAUUGACGUUUGUGGAAGGGUUGUUUGAGCAUAGAGUGAAGAGUUUGAGUUAUGGAGAUGGGUCUUCGAGGUUAUGGGAAGGUCCACUUCUUGUGGUGAUGUAUUCCUUUGUGGUGCUUAUUGAUACAAUGAUGAGUGCUGUGUUCUAUUUUAGUUGCCGGUCUUAUAGUAUGGAAGCUGUUGAAGCUUUGGAAGCUUCUGGAGAAAUCGUGUCCCAAGAUUUAUCUCUUCUUUAAGAUUUUUGUUUUUCAAGUUUCACAACAUUGAGGAUCUAAAGACAAUGCAAAGGAAGGGUUUCAAAAGAGUUAGUUGAAUUGGAUCACAAGUAAAUUUAAGAGGCCAUGUAUAUGAAAGGAGAUUUUUUAGUUGAGCAUUCUUUGUUUUUUUUUGCUGGGCUUUCUUUAAUUUAGGUUGCUCUUUACAUUUUGAGAUUGUCACAUUAUGGGACUCACAUAUUGUAGACGGCACAUGUCAUUCGUAUUUUGGUCU